AUGCUCUCCAUGGAUUUGAUGAUGGGUAUCACGCCCGCCGUGCCUGAGCCUCCCUCGGUCCGCGUGCCCACCUACUACCAGGAGUUCAACAGGAAGAGCCGCUUCAGCAAGUACCUGUCCGUCAACGGCCCCGUAUGGCGGCCGUCCGGCGGCGCCGACUCGCAGGGCCACAUGCCCCUGGGUGACAUUGACGAGGAGGCCGAGGGCUACUAUGAGGACGACGAGGAGUACGAGGCCUACAGCAUCUACACGCCGCUCCAGAAGACGUUCCUCGUCGUCGGCAACGCCUUCAUCGCCUUCGUCGGUGCCCUCACCGUGCAAAUGUACCUGCCCGCCCUCAACGUCCUCGCCGAGGAGCUCGAUGUCUCGUCCGCCAUGAUCAACCUCACUGUCACCGCCUUCCUCGCCUUCCAGGGUAUCAGCCCUCUCAUCUUCAGUGGUUUCACCGACAUCUACGGUCGCCGCCCCGGCUACAUCAUCUGCUUCAUGAUCUACGUCGCUUCUAGCGUCGUGCUGGCCCUCAGCGACAAGUACAGCAUCACGCUGGCCAUGCGCUCCAUCCAGUCCAUUGGAACCUCGACCAUCAUGAUCCUGUCCCAGGCCGCCGUGGCCGACAUCGUCACGAGCGCCGAGCGUCCCCAGUACAUUGGCAUCACCUCCAUCCCCACCAUCCUGGGUCCCAGUCUCGGCCCCGUCAUCGGCGGCGCCCUCGUCCAGACCCUCAAGUGGCGCAGCAUCUUCUGGUUCCUGGCCAUCUACGCCGGCUUCACCUUCUUCGCCGUCGUCGUCUUCAUGCCCGAGACGUGCCGCAAGAUUGUCGGCGACGGCUCCAUCCGCCCCCACAAGGCCUACUACACCGUCGUCCAGGGCGUCCAGUGGAGGGAGGGCAAGGAGAAGCCCAUUGAGAACGUCGCUAGCCUCGAACCCAUUGGCAACAAGGAGGGCGAGAGCGGCGCCAUGUUCGCCCUGCGCACCCUCUUCUCCUCCAUCGCCCUGUUCGGCUACAUCCAGCUCGUCCUCCUCAUCACCGCCGCCGGUCUCGCUUUCGGUGCCGUCUACGCCCUGUCCACCGCCGCCCCUAGCAUCUUCCAGGACGAGUAUGGCCUCACUGCGCUCCAGGUCGGUCUCAUGUACCUUCCCAUGGCCGUUGGCUCCAUCAUCGCCGUCGUCAUCGUCGGUCCCGGCAUGAACUACAACUACCACCGCCACGCCGCCCUGGCCGGAGUCAGCGUCGACGAGGGCGAGAAGAUGGACCUCGACAACUUCCCCAUCGAGAAGGCCCGCUUGGAAAUCGCCAUCCCCCUGCUUGUCCUCGGUGUUGGUGUCAUUGCCGGCUUCGGUUGGGCUCUCCAGUACCACGCCCACCUCGGAGUCAUCGCCAUGCUCAUCUUCCUCUUCGGCAUCAGCAUCGUCGGCAUCAACAACGCCAUCCAGGUCCUGAUUGUCGACAUCUUCUUCGACCAGGCCGGCGCUGCCCUCGCCACCAACAAUUUCAUGAAGUGCGCCAUCGGUGCCGCCUCCUCCGCCGUCGUCGCCCCGAUGAUCGACAAGAUCGGCUUCGGCUGGUCUUUCACCGUCUUUGGCGGCAUCUACGGCCUGCUCAUUCCUCUUCUCAUGAUCGUCAUGUGGAAGGGUGCGGACUGGCGACCGCGCCCCAAUCCCAAUUAA